AAAAGGCGGCGGAGGAAGCAGCAGCAGCAGCAGCAGCAGGAGCAGGAGCUGGGAUUCAACAGGCGCGCACACAGCUUGAGCCAGCCAUGCUCCUCUCCGCUCUACAGCUCUCUGGCAUUCUGCUCGCCUGCCUGCUCCUGAAGGGCUGCUGGGCUUUCAAGAACGAUGCCACCGAGAUCCUUUAUUCCCACGUGGUGAAACCCAUUCCAGCCAGCUCCAGCAACAACAGCACCUUGAACCAAGCGAGAAAUGGAGGCAGACACCCGGGAUUCGACCGGACCAGUAAGUAUCUGUUUGGAGUUGUACAGAUGCGCUCUGUUCGUUAUCCCCUCCUCAAGUACACUCCCUGCCCUUUAUUUUAUUUUACAUACGAUGUUUCAAAAGUCGAAUUGUGUUUGCCAUUAAGGAUGCACCCCUUUAGAAGUUCUUGUGGAGAAUUCCGUCUCAAGGGGGGUGGGGGGGUCCUCCACGCGCACUUUUUAAAAUAAAAAUAAAAAUGAAUGAGUUCUCGUGCCAAAAACGUGGCAGGCUUAUUAUUAGUAAUUCCAAAUUAGAUCCAGGCUUUUUGCAUUUGGGAGUUCUCUCCUGGAUCUUGUGCUCAUGAGAUCUGAACAGGGAGCAAAAGACAGAAUAUUAAAUGGAGAAAAAGAGAAGUGCUUGGGUUAUUUAUUUUUUUCUCCUUCCAGAUCGGGGGCUACUUGAGAUUACCUUUCAUUUCUCAUAAAGCGUCUUUGUAAGGGACAAAGUACUGUAGUUCAGGAGAGACAAUGCUUUCUCUCCUCUAGUCUCUCUCUCUCUCUCUCUCUCAGCGGGCUUUUCAGCUAGCUCACUCGUCUGUGCCCCUUCACAAAGCUAACAUUUACUUUCAGCAGCCAAGCUUUGAUUUGGUUCCAGCAUUUUUGUUUUUUACUUCCUGAAUUAGCACUUACCUGCUUAACUCCUCUAGUCAGUGUCAACAAACAGGUUCACAACCUACCCGGGAUCUCUGCUCCAACUUGCCUUUGAAAAUGCCCUGCUCCCCCGAUUGGGCUUUUGGCUGGAAAAAAAAAGAGGGGCACGGUUGGGAAAUGGUUUUUUUUUUCCGGGGGGGGGGUGGUGGUCGAGUUGACUUGAGCCAUAAACCAGAACAUCCUUGUCUCCCAAAAGAGUAAAAAAAAGUUGAUGACCACGUUUUUUAAAACAAGGAAAAAAGGCUUGCCUGCAUUUCUGCUAAGCGUAGCUUAAAUACACAGGAAAUAUCUUGUCAAUGCAAGAUUACAUGAACAGCCCGGUAUGCAUUCAUUGUCAGCGAACUGUCACUACGGGGGUGGGAGGGGAGCUAAAGUUGUACGCAUGCAAGCACUGAAGAAGACAGACAAUGCAAAGUGGUAACCACUUCCUUUCACUCACAUUCCUGAGCCAGGUGCAGGAUGCAAACCUGGAUCAAAAUUAUUUGGGUGAGGAACAGUGUGCAGAAAUCUAUUCCUCUUAAAAUAGUCAGUGGGGAAUAGUUGGUGAAGCUGCUGUCUCUUCAAGUAAUAAAUAGUCACACACACACAACCUGGGUGGAGACUUCCUGCAGAAUGUCACCAUAGAGAGGGAAUUGGUUGAUGGACAUGGCAUGUUGGCACAUUAGCAAAUUCAGCUUUGCCUUACUAGAAUUUGGAGAAGAUCUCUUGUGCGAACCCUAUUGGUGCCAUCUUGCACAAAAGAACGUCCUUGCAGAGUGUGCCUUAAGGAAUACCUGGUUCCUGAAAAACGGAGUUGGUUGAAAAAUCCAUUGUGCAUGGAGUGUUAGAUUACACCUAACACCCUCCCUCCACAAAAGGUUUGGUAAAUUUGAGUUGGCCUGUUGUGCCCAUAUAAGACAAACCUUUCGCAUAAGCUCUUCCAGACAAAUAUCCCUCCAUAUUGAGGAGACUGCAAAAAAGUCCAUAUGUCUUCUUCUUCUUCUUCUAAAAUGGUCAUUCAACUCUACUUGAAAUCAAAGCAGCAAACAUAAGUUGAAAUAUCAUGGGUGUGACGCUUUGCUAAUUAACUAUAAUUCUGCUUAUUUGCAUUGCUCUUGAAUAACAUUGCACAGUUUCCACUUUCUUUAAGAAAGAGAAAGCAGAAGAGUGAAAGGUGUGUGUUGAAAUUCAUGGUGUGUGUUCAUUUCAAAGGGUAAUUAUUAAAAUAAGGGAUUGUGCUUACUUCAUUGAGGGUAUAUCUCUGCAGAUGUAAGCAGGCACAAACAUGUCUGUAUCUGCGGCUGGUUCAGUGCCUUGGUACAAUGUCAGUUGCCUUUUUAAAAAAAUGAAAUAAUAUUGCCUCAGGUUUAGCAGUAUUACCUGUUUUAAGUAAGCAUACUGACAAGCAAUGUUGCAAUACUGUAAUACUGUCGCCUGAAGAAAACUGUGUAUUUUGACAAAGAAAAAUGUAUAGAAUACAGUUUUCUAAGAAUCUUCCUCAGAGCUAGAGUUUUCCUUGAAGAUAGUAUGCAUACAUUGAGCUUUUUUGUAUUGUUGUUAUUUAAAUCCAGCAUAUUAAUUUCCUAAACUCCCCAAACAACACGCAUAAAUCUUCACACUAGCUAAACAAAUACUUAACAUCUUGGAACAAAUCCAUCUUAGAUCAAGAUCCAGGACAAUGAUUUCAUGCAAGUCAGGUAGAUGGAUGGAAGCUUUUAACACAGUAUUACUUCUGAUACCAUCAGAAGCUGAGGCAGCUUAUAUACAAACAGGCCACAAUUAGCAACCUACUUACUCUGGGGCAAUCCCACUAGCUUUUAGACCUGCACUAUUACAUUACAGCUUUAGUCAUUCAGUUUUGGCCCAGAACAGGGAUGGGGAGCCUGUGGCCCUCCAGGCACUGUUGGACUUGAACUCUUGUCUCUUGGCCAGGCUAGCUGGGGCUGAUGAGAGCUGUAGUCCACCAACAUCUGGAAGGUCACAGGUUCUCCACCCCUGGGCCAGAGGGAGAAGUAGAAGCCAAUAAUCAGUGCCUGGCCUCCAUUGAGUUAGAUCAGUGUUUCCCAAACUUGGGUCUCCAGCUGUUUUUGGACUACAAGUCCCAUCAUCCCUAGCUAGCAAGACCAGAGGUCAGAGAUGAUGGGAAUUGUAGUCCAAAAACAGUUGGAGACCCAAGUUUGGGAAACACUGGGCUAGAUGAAGUACACAUCUAUAGUGGGAAAAUAUACCAAAUAAUCACCCAGAACAUCCAUGAAACAUCAACUGACUGCCAGGGGUCGACCUUUUCUGUGCCCCAGUUCAGACAUUUGCCCAGUCUCCAUGUGACUGAGGAGAAACAUGCCCCUCUCAUUCCUCCACCAUUCAGAUGGUGUAACAAGAGUUGAAUGCACAAUACCAGCUUCCAUGGAAGCCCUGCUGACACAAUUUCUCACCCUCAAAAGAGAUUUGGUGCCAGUGUUAUUGUAGCCGGCGUGUAUGUGCAGUAAAAUGUGUGUUGCAGGGAAUCAAGGGAAAUUACAGUGGCUGCUUGGGUGAUGGGAAGUAUCUUGUGAUCACAGAAGUAGCUGCUGCAAUACUCUGUGAAUCCCUGCAUGAGCAGAUCCACAAACAGUUACUCUUAUGAAGUUGGUUGCAGCAGCAAGGGGGAGGAGCAAUAAUGUAAAAUAUGGAUGUUGACAUGGACUUCCUGGCUUGCAUAUUACAUCAUCUACACAUAGUGCAGCAGGAAGGAGCUCCAUUCCACUGCCACAUGAAGGACAUAUAAACAUGGGUACCAAGGCUUUGUGAGCUACUCUGAUGCAAGAAAUAAAUGUAGGCCAUUGGAAUUUGAGUGUUGACCUCCAUAUUCUGUGCCUUUGACAGGUCGAGUUCAAGUUGGAUGCCGGGAACUGAGAUCCACCAAAUACAUUUCUGAUGGCCAAUGUACCAGUAUAAACCCUCUGAAAGAGCUGGUGUGCGCUGGGGAGUGUCUCCCUUUGCCGGUGUUGCCUAACUGGAUCGGAGGAGGCUAUGGUUCCAAGUACUGGAGCAGAAGGAGCUCACAGGAGUGGCGAUGUGUCAAUGACAAGACCCGCACCCAAAGGAUUCAGCUUCAGUGUCAAGAUGGAAGUACAAGAACCUACAAAGUAACUGUCGUUACAGCUUGCAAGUGCAAGAGAUACACCAGGCAACACAACGAAUCCAGCCAUAACUUUGAAGGAGCAUCUCAAACAAAGCCCGCGCAGCAUCAUAAAGAGAGGAAAAGGAACAGCAAAUCCAUGAAGCAUCCCCCGAGUUAGAACUCAGCCAUGCAUCUUAAAAUUUGAACUUAUCAAUGAAUUGCCUGCUUUACAGAUAUCACUGCCUAAUGAAAACUCUAUCAUGUCAUUGUUUGCUUCACAGCUGGGUGUACAUAUACUUGUGGCUUUGACCAAACUCAAAAGGGCAUUCUGUGCAUAAGGACCUUUUUCAUUGGGGGGGGGGGGUAAGUUGAGCAUCUAUAUUUUCAAGAUGGGCUCCAGACCUGCAGCUCAAUGAACUUCUUUUUACUGGAAACAAAAGAGCUGUUGACAUGGACAUGCGAUGUUUUAUAUUGUAGAGAGCUGCUGUUGUGUUUUUAUGGGCACAUGUUCUCAAUCAAGUAUUUAAUCCAUGUCUCACACCUCUCAUUUAAAAGAAAAGGAAUGAUUUGGAUUUCACACCGGGGGGGGGCAUUGUUCAUGCUGAUCAUUUUCUUCCAAACCUUUGUAUCCAUAGAGUUGUAAACAAAAGCAAAAUACGCAUGACAGCAGCUUCAAAAGUAAAUUUGAACAAAAAGUUAUUUAUUAAUGUAAUUAUUUAAUGAGCUUUGAUGUGUUUUAUAUUUUUUAAGACGCCUGUUUUAUGUCUCAUCACUCCCCUCCCCACAUGCAUCAAAGUGUUUUCCUAUGAUUUUUGGUCAGAGUAGAAUAUACAUUUUGUAGAUAAUGUAAAAUAGAUAUUUUAACCUUUGUAGUUUCUCAUUUUGGUUUUCAACUCAAGGAAGCUGAAACGUGGGAAAUGUUGUGUAAAUACACUGUAAAGUGCAUUCGUAUUUUUUUAUGUGUGCGGUAAAAAAAAGUAGAUCUUACUUCAUAUCAGUUUCAUCCAUUUUUAAUAAAAACAUAUCAACAACA